AUGGGUUUCCUAUUCAAAGCUCUGUUUUCAACUCUGUUUUUAACUCUGUUUUUGGUUUCCCACCAAACAAAAGCAGAGGAUUUCAAUUCCUUCAAUAAUAAUAAUAAUGCUUCUGCUUCUUCGACUACUACUUCUGCUGCUUCCAAUUCAGUGCCCAGAAAGCUUGCAGGAAAAUGCAACUGGUUCCGUGGUACGUGGGUCUACGACGCUUCCUCCAAGCCCCCCUACGAUUCCUCCACCUGUCCUUUCUUAGAUCCGCAGUUUGACUGCCAGAAGUACGGUCGCCGUGAUUCUACUUACCUCAAAUACAGAUGGCAGCCCUUCUCCUGUGCCUUGCCUAGGUUUAAUGGGUUGAAAUUUUUGGAGAAAUGGAGGGGGAAGAAGAUUAUGUUUGUAGGGGACUCACUUAGUUUCAACCAGUGGGUGUCUUUAACAUGUAUGCUUCAUGCAUGGGUGCCAAAUUCCAGAACAACUCAUUUUAGAAAAGAUGGAUUAGCUUCAGUCACAUUCCAGGAUUAUGGAGUUCAAAUACUACUAUAUCGCACAACAUACUUGGUGGAUCUUGUCAACGAGAAGGUAGGCCGAGUGUUGAAGCUGGACUCAAUUAGGAGCGGCAACGCAUGGAGAGGCAUGGACCUGCUGAUCUUCGACACGUGGCACUGGUGGACCCACACAGGAAGAGCACAGCCAUGGGACUAUCUGGAAGAGAGGGGCAAAUUGUACAAAGAUAUGAACCGUCUGGUCGCGUUUUAUAAAGGACUUACAACUUGGUCUAGAUGGGUCAACCGAUAUGUUGAUGCUUCCAAAACCAAGGUUUUCUUCCAAGGGAUUUCUCCAACCCACUAUGAGGGCAGGGAUUGGAACCAACCAACAAGAUCAUGCUCAAGUGAAACACAACCAUUCUUUGGAGCAAAGUACCCAGCAGGCAUUCCCUUGUCUUGGGUUGUAGUCAACAAAGUGUUGGCUAGGAUUAAGAAACCAGUCUAUCUUCUUGACAUUACAUUUCUCUCACAAAUGCGUAAAGAUGCUCACCCAUCUAGGUAUAGUGGCGGCCACGGGGGAACAGAUUGCAGCCAUUGGUGUCUUCCUGGCCUCCCCGAUACUUGGAACGACCUCCUAUAUGCAGCUCUAUUUGGUUGA